CUCUCAAGUCUCAGCCCCAUAAUGUUUACCAAGUCAAACCCCAGUACUGACAACCUCCUUGGGCACUAAAUCCAACUGCUUGUCCAAAUCAGCAGGUUCAUGGUGAAUGCUCCAAGAAUGGCCUGGCAAUCCUGCAGUAGUUGUUCUCAGAACAGGCCACCAUUGGUGCAGCUUCUGAGUCUUUGAUCUCCUUGCUACUAUCUUUGUAUGUUGCCAGAGAAGACCAUUGAUGGCUUUGAGGUAGUUACUGGCAUUGCACCAAUUGAUACUUUCAGAGGCAGCUUGGAAAGAGGCGGUUUAAGAAAAACCGCAUCCAUAGUUGAUGUCUAAAAUUAUAUCAAUCUUUUAGAGCCGGUUUAAAUCAAGCUCAGUCUGAACCGCAAGCACGGAAAGCUCUUGGUUUCUCUAGGAAUAGCCAAUGCUUGAACCCCCUCCCUUGCCCUCGCCUCCGGCCGAACUUGUUGCUUCUUUGAAUUGCUGUUUUUAAAAUGAUGGUCCUGUGGUUUCUGCCAAGGAUGAAGCAAUGAAGGAGAUGCUGGAUGUGUGGAUCCUAGGGAGACUCAGAUGGAAAAGUUGAUGAGAGAGUACAAUGAGUUCACAGAAGGAGAUGUUGUUUUCCCUUUAACAUACUGGACCUGAAAGGCUUUGAAGGCAGAUGGAUAUAUAUGUAUGUAUAUCAAUUUGACUAAAAUUAUGUAAAAUUUGGUAGUUUUCUUUCUAAUGAAGUCAAGGGAGAAGAUACUUGAAGUUUUUGAGAGAAUGAUGGAAGAGAGAAAGAGAAUUAAUAUGAGAUUGAAGAUGGGCAGCAAAAGCUAUGCAGGUGCAUAAGAAGAGCAAGAUAAACUUUAGCAGGAAAAUAAAGCUCAUUUAAAUUUGAUACACUAGCUUGAAUUCUCAGCAUUGUUGUAAACAAAUGUCUGAACAUUUAUCAACACUAACAACUCCAAACAAAACAGAAUUUGGAUAAUGGCCAUGUUGAGUUCAAAGAGCUUAAGGAGAACGUUGAUGCUUUAAUCAACUGUAUUUUUUUAAACAUAGGUUUCAGCAAUAAUAAACAAGUGGCUGCAUUUAUCAUCUAGAAAGGCCUCCUUAAUUGGAAGUCAUUUGAAUUAGAGAAAACUAGUGUUUUUGACCGCCUUGUCCAGAUGAUUGGUUAUGCAAUUUGAGUUGAAGACUGUGCUGGAAGAAAUUGAGAGUAGAUCGUCAAGGAAAGAAUAUUCACAACUUCUUACAGAAUGCCACAAGUUAUACUGUGAGCAGAGACUAUCAGUAAUUAAAGGGAUAGUGCAGCAGAGGAUCUCUGAGUUUUCAAGAAAAGAGGCAUUGCCCUCGUUAAGUCGUUCUGGAUGUGCAUAUCUUAUGCAGACUGCAAAUUACCGGUCUGGUGAUGAAGAUCUGGACUAUCCAGCGAAGCUAGAGCGAGCUGCUCAGUCUGCAACUGAGGAAUCUGGUGAUAACAAAUCUGAUGUUGUCAAUAGCUGGUAUCCUCCAUUGGAAAAAAUGAUAUCAUGCCUGCCAAAACUAUAUCGUUGUUUACAGCCAGCUGUUUUCACUGGUUUAGCUCAGGAAGCUGUUGAAUUUUGCACAAUAUCGAUUCAGUUGCUGAUAGUCAUCAGCAAUCACUCAAUGAGGUUGCUCAGAAAAUUAAACACUCUCUCAACUUCCUUAGCGCUAGAUCCUCAACUCCAACCGGUGACUCCGAUCCUGAUGCUGCACACGAGUAGACACUCCUUCUUCUGACUAUCUAGGCAGGCCUGAGAUGCCCGUGGUGUCUUCCGUCUUCUUAGAUUUUUAUCCUUGCUUUUUAUUUCCUUUGUGGUAUUUUGUUUCUCCUCACCACUGGUGAGAGGAGUCUCUUUUUCUAUACUGUUGUUACUUUUUA